AUGGCCACUUGGAAGGAGAGGGGAGAGGUACCGGACUCAGAAGAUGAGUUUGGUUCUGACACCGACGAAAACGCCACCCUCCCGUCCGCCACACCUGUGCUAGACACGCAAACAAAGAACGUCACCGAUAAUAAGAAACUAUGCUCGCGUCUUCUCCCCGGAUCCUCUCGCAUUCUCCCCGAGAGGGAGCCGAUCGCACGAAACCUGUCGGCCAGCCCAGGCUCUCGCACAACUGGAAAGGAAAUAGCUGGUAGUGGGGGAUUCGAUAGUCAGCCAACAUGUCUUCCAACAGCGGAUCCCGAGGUUGACGAGCCCCGAGAGGCCGAGAGGAGAGUAGACAUCGAACCUGCGGCCGGCGACCAGCUCGGCCCCCGACACACCGUACUUUCAGGAGCGGAAAGCACAGAUCUAGGUGCUGAAGAAGGCCCUUUGGAUUUCUCGCUAAGCAACGAUGAAUCUAUUGAUUUUCCUCCUGAAUACCUCCAGUUUCAAGAUUUUGGACUAGGAAAUAGGACCUUUCGCCCGCGGAAGCCGAUCCAAAAACACCCAUACGCUCUAGAGAAUGCCUUGUAUUCAAAGAUCUUCAAGUCCCACGGAUUAAAGCCCGUGCGUCUAGAAACUCAGUCCAGCCAACGCCGAAAUCCCGAGCCGGAGGAUGACUCGCAGGAGCGAGAUUUCGAGGACGAGACGCAGGAGACGGGCGACACGGUUGAUCUUUCCGAUGAGAGCCAAGCGCAGGCUCCUCUUGACGAGCCCCAGAUACAUGUUGACCUGCCAUCCUCCCCGAUCACGCCGAUUGCUUCUCUUCCACCGCAUCACGGGGCCCUAGCAGCCAGCCAAGCGUGA